AUGCGAUGCGCGUGCAAGGCCGCCGAGAGCGCGUCCGCACGUCUCUGUGCGGACGCCGAAGCAGAAACCACAGCAACUGAUGUCUCAUCGGUUGCUGAAGCGGCCCAGCCUGUGUCACAUGGUGAUGCAGGCACUGGUCAUGAAGACGCUCAUGUCUUCACAGAGUACGAGCUCGGUGUCUAG